AAAACUCUCUUAAUUCUAGAUUUGGAUAUCAAGACAUCAGGAGCUGGCUGCGUGAAGAUUCAGAAAAUAGAGUGUGAUAACUGCAAAAUAGAAACUGAGAAGGGGACUAGUGUCUUACAGUCAAUAAAGAGUCAUAAAAUCAAUAUACGGACAAACGGAGGCAAAGUAAUUGGUCUUGGAACGCUCUGUGGAAAUACAGAUAUUCAUGCUACAGAGAAGGGUAGUGUGAGUAUAGAGAAGCUACAGGGGACUUCCAUCAACAUAUCCACUGAAGAUGGGCUGCUGAAGACUAAGUAUCUCUACACAGAAUCUUCGUCUCUGUCUUCAGUAGCUGGUGAUGUUCUACUGGGAAGUGUCCAUGGUAACACCACCCUGCAGACCAAAACAGGGAGUAUCACAGUAGAUUCCUCAGAUGGAAGUCUAAAAGCUUCUACAGAGCAUGGGGCCAUAGAUGUUUAUGUCAGUCAAUUGAGAAAAGUGGAUCUGAAAUCCCAGAAAGGUUCUAUUACAGUCAAAGUACCUGCUUCUCUCAAAGCUUUCUUACAGUUAUCUGGGAGAAAAGUGGAUGUGAGCUCAGAGAUCCGGUUAGAAGAAACACAGAGUGCCUCCAAAGAUGAUCACGUAACUAUAAGUGGUCACAUGAAUCAGAGGGAUGAAACGGACAAAUGGAUUAAGGCUGACGCACAAAAUGGCAAAGUGUCUCUUAAAAGCCAAAGCUGGAUCCAGUCUGUCAAGCUGAAGAUUUCUUAAAGGUGAAAUUAGGCCAAAGAUAUCAAAUCAAGGAAUCAUAAAGUAACACUUCUGUAAUAUUAUGAAACUUGUCGUAAGGUAUAAACAAUACUGAAAGUGAGGGCUUUGACACAACAUUUGCCAGUGGCAAUGGCUGGCGCUUAAUGGGUGUACGGUACCGGUUUACUUUUCGUACCCUUUAGGAACGACAAGAUGUUACAUAUUUAGAAUUGGUAUGACUUGACCCACUUACCAAGCCAGUCUAAAAGCUGGUAACUUUCAAACAAAAGUUCAGAGCUAUAGUAAAAGAAACUUGCAGCAUUUUGAAAAUAUGAAAACUUACUUGCAAGGUGGCAUGCUCUGCAAGCUACUUUAUAUUUUUAAAUGAAAUGUCUCAUUACUGUGUGAGUUUUACUGGUUUAUGCAAAAUGCUGAAAAUUUUCGUGAACCACAGUAUUUACAGCAUGGAUAGGAUAAAACCACUUCAGGAACUGUAAUUCUUAUUUGCUCUUCUUGUUUGGUGUUUGACCCCUAAGCAAUUUCUGCCUUAUCUAUGGCACUGUAUGUAUAAAACUACAUACGUGAAAUUAUAUAACUUGUUCCAUGUCAUCAUGAGCCCCUUAUCUGUGGACAGAAACAAGAAGUCUGGCUGUGUGUACCACUGUUCAUCUGCUAAGCAAAGCGUGUGAAGUAAACACUCAAAAGUGCAACGGGUCUAGCUGAUUUCAGGGGGGAACGUUGCACUGACUGGACUUCAGAUAAGUCCUUUUAACAUAAGAACAUUCCCCUAUAGUAAAAACCACCAAAGAAGGGAAGUAUUGAGCUCAUCAAUGAGAACUAUAGUCUGUGUAUUUGGUGCAUUUCCAGUGACACGCUGUCAGCCUUGCGUGACAGGACUGUAAGCUCUUUGAAGCAGAAAAGCAGAGGAGGGAGGUGAGGGGAGUUUAUAUGCCCUGAACAAGAGACCAUGGCUAGAGGAUUUUGUGUUACUGUAAUAUAAACAUGCAGUAAAGUAAAUUGAGCUUUUAAAAGCUUUUCCAUUUAUAUAUUGUCCCUUAUAAUGGAAGUACUGAAAUUUGUAUUUUAAAACUGAAAGGUAGUAAUUCCUGCCAACUGAGUGGAUGGAGGGGAGCAAAGAAGAGAUCGUACUAUCAGCUAAGGUUUUAAAUUGCAUGUAUGUUUGUAUGUGCUGUAGAUCAUAAUGGCACAUUGUAAAAUGACCUCCUCCUUCCCCAUGGAAAGUUUUAUUGCCCCUUGCUAAUGCACUGCAGUAUUUAGGGCAGCAUUUUUACUUUAAUUUGGAUGGGUUAAAGACUACAGUCUGUUCCCCAUUGCGUGUACUGUUUAGGUGGGAUUGGCACUGAUGUAUAUGGCAAAUUAUGUCUAUUUUUAUAUAAACACAUACACUAAUAUAUAAGACAUUGCUUUAUUACUAAAAUCAAUUAAUAUUGCUAGUUAUUACUAAUUAUUAUUAUACUACUUUGAACAGAUCUGAAAUUAAUAAAUGUGUAAUGGUUUUAAA